AUGUUCUCCGCCAAGACCGAAGGUUCGCCGUACUUCCAAGACUCGCACAUGGCGACUCCUAGGUCGGCGAGUCGAGCCGACCGUAUUGCGCGUGAGUCCGAAGGUUCGCAACGCGAGCGGAGCACGCAAGGAAACUCCACGCGACGCCCAAGCCGCCGGUUUACACCGCGCGACGACUCCUCGUCCGACGAGGACGACAAUGACAACAUCGACUAUGAAGAUGGGUUUGACAGCCCGAGCGAUGAGUUGGCCCGUCAAGUGCGUGAAGUGAGCGAGAUGGAGCGACUGAGUUCGACUCCUCGGCUCGAGAUCGCCACACACCGGCCGCUCGCGCAGAUCAAGAAUUUCUCAGGAGCCCGCAAUCGGAGUGAAAACUCUAUGCAGUGGCUCCGAGCUUUCGUCUAUGAGAGGAAGGGAACGCACACUCCGCCAAACGAGUGGUGCAUGGCUUUCGAGCUGAGCCUUCGGGACGGUGCCCUUCACUGGUACCGUCAACUCCCGAAGAGGACUAAGCGUCAGUGGAAGCGACUGAGCGAUGCGUUUAUCAAGUAUUACUGCUCGCAGUUUAGCCAGUCUGCGAAGGCUCGCUACUACUCUGUGAAGCGCGAGUCCUCGGAACACCUUUGUGACUACCUCAACCGACGGAAUGGUUACGCUCGUAAUGCUGGCCUUCAGUUCGAGAGUGGUGGUCGCGAUGCGAAGGACCAUGUGCAGAGGUUCCUCGAGACGUGCGGUGACCGAAGCCUCGAAAUCCGGCUUUACCACGUCCGGAUGAAGGACAUUCACGAACUCGAGGACAUGAUCAACGACAUCUUGAAGUCUGAAGAGCGUGGGCAGUCGCGCGAGACCUCGUCUCACCACUCGCGCAGUCGAGACCAACCGCGUCGUCGUGAUGACCGUCGCCACGAAGCUUCGCGUGACAGUUACCGUCGCGACCGCGACCGUGGUUACGAACGUCGCCGUGAAGACUCUCGCCGCCGCGAAGACUCGCGCCAUGUUCCGCGCAUUUCGCUAGCUGAAGCUUCGCUGUCAGACUUGGUCGCUGAACUGCAAGUCCGCGGUACCAAGGGUGGUAGAGCCGAGCGCUCGUCGCCACGUCGUACCCCGUACAGCGACAGCGAGAGUGACGCCAGUGAUUAUCAUUACUCCGAGAGCGAUCCGAGUGAUGGUGGCUACAGUGACGUUAGCAGCUCUGGUGAGGAAGGAGCUCACGUCGCUGCUGCCAAUGAGCGGGUGGUGAACCCGGCCGAGGAUUCGACCGGAGUAACCGCCACUCUGGCCGAGACAACCGCGAUGGUCGUCCGCGUCAGUACGGUCCGUGCGCAGCUUGUGGUGGAGCCGGGCAUUCGGCUCACUACUGCUACCGCCGCUGCCGACUGUGCCAACAGGUGCAUGACAUCGGCAAGUGCGAAACACUUCAAGCCCUCACUUCGAUCAUCAAAACGAAGGCCGAGAAGAAGGACCUCUCGCCAGAGCUCCAAAGCCUAG